AUGUCUAUGACAGAGAAAAAGAAAGCUCCAUUACUUGAGACAGAACAACCAAAAUACCCACCUCUGACUUCAUUUACUUGGAACCAAAGGAAUCAAUUAAGGUAUGACAGAAAUUCCAACGAGUACCGAAGCUGCAUUGCUCUAAACUUUACUUGCCAACUGCCACACUACCAACUCCUAUGCCGAGAUAAACCUCACCUUGGGCCAGCAUCUGAUGAUAGCUUUUACAGAUUCAGUUUGACCGCCGGGGCAAAACAGGAAACUGACAACGAGUCAACCACGCGCUGCAAGAACAAACGACCAUAUGAAAAUCUCCACUACUCCAUGCCACACUACCAACUCCUAUGCCGAGAUAAACCUCACCUUGGGCCAGCACCUGAUGAUAGCUUUUACAGAUUCAGUUUGACCGCCGGGGCAAAACAGGAAACUGACAACGAGUCAACCACGCGCUGCAAGAACAAACGACCAUAUGAAAAUCUCCACUACUCCAAACAGAACAACCAAAAAUCCGCUUGA